AUGAUAAAUAUAUUGAAGUACGGUACAUACUGUAUAGUGUAUUAGCAGAAGUCUGAGUUUUACAACUGUAUAUUAAAAAAAGUUAAAAGUUCUGGCGACGAACUCGAAACUUAGUUUUAGGGAAGGCGGUAUAUUUCCCCUUGCCCGCUUUUGACGCCCUCUACUACCUGCAUGCUGAGACGCAGGUGAAAAAAUAUCCAAGUAUAUUAAUACGUAUUCUUGGAAUAUUUCCUAUCGUUUAUAGGAGGAAAGUAUCCUGUUGUUGUCGAGUUUGCUCCAUUUCAAGGGGUGCCGAAAAAGACUAGAAGACGAAAGGACAUCAAAUCUGCAACAAUUGAGAAAGGUAUACUGAAGUGCAGAUAUAUACAUACAGAUCAGUGUCUAUCUUGAUGGGUUUGUGUUACUCGGGUCAUACGAUGUUGUACUUUUAAGCAGAGUUGCAAAAGCUGUUCAACCUUCCUCCAGUUAAAAUUUCGGGUUUUAAAACCUUCCUCAAAAUAAUGUGAAUUAUAAUAUAUGCAUGGAUUUUUCAAUUUGCAAAAUAUAUGGGUUAUGUAAUUUAAAAUCGGCUUCUUGUUCCUUUUUCCUACUGACUCGUAGCCUAUUUAGCAUUGAUUAGCUGGUUAAUUGCAUUGUGUUUACAUGCACAUAAAUUGUACAGGCUUAUGAGGCUGGUAGCAGAUGCAUGUAUAUGUUACGAUUGCUACAAAAAUGCGGUCCCCAGAAAGUAUAGGUCUUCCAUGGCCUCACAUAUGGUAAAUCUUCCUCACGGGUGGUACCCGCAUACAACUCUGCUUUUAAGAACAUAAAGGGAAUAAACUUACAACAAAACUUUACUCUCCAAAGCGGACAAUUCAUCCCUUUGCGCAAUUGAUGAUUCCCCUUGUUACGUUUUCGUAGCGCUUUGCAUUGUGGUUAUAGUGGUAUCACUGAUAUUCAACAUGGCUUAUUUUUUGUCCUGACCCGUGCAAGAACUUUAAAAAAAAGCUAGGGUCAGGUGCGCGAUAGCUAACAGCAAAGUAUUCACGAAAACAUUCAAUAUUUUCAUUCGAGGACGCUAUAUUUAUCAGUGAUACCACUAUAACCACAAUGCAAAGCGCUACGAAAACGUAAUAAGGGGAAUCAUCAAUUGAUAUCGAUGAAAACUGGAUAUACUGUAGUCUAUCAUCCUGGAUGGCGAAAAGUUAUCUCAGUGUAUUACAGCACAACAAGAUUAUAAUAAUUUUAGCCGAAAUAUUGAAUUUUCAGCAAUUGUUUGACACUGAAUUACAUUUUGCCGCUGUACUACAAUCUAUUGCUCUCAGCAAAUCACUGUUCAGAAUAUUUUCAAUAUUAUUUUUGCAUGGCAAAAUAUCCAAACUCGAUUUGCAAAGAGCGGUGCAAUUAAUUUAUUUUGUGGAUUUUUAAGAUAUAAUUGUUAUUCUCGUGAAUGCUUCAACGUCCUCAGAUUGAAAUCGUGCUUCGGAAUGCACAUAUCUGUACUUUUGGGAAAACGUACUCGAAAACUUAAACCGUGCUCAUAUCUAUAUAAGUAGUAUAUCAGUGUGGUGUGUUUCUAGACGCUGACUAUUUAUCUUUCUUGGAAACGUUAAAACAAGAAGUAGAACCUCUUCCCAGCGCUGAAGUCUACUUGGAACAGCAGGAAGCAAACAAGCAAAGUAUGAAAGGUACCUGAAUGAAACGAAAAUUUAUACAGUUCAGACCUUACCGUGAGUGAUUAGAAAAAUGGAACUUUGGGCCAUCCUGUGGGAAUCGAAUCUGUGGCCCUGCGACGCCGAUGCAGCGCUCUGACCACUGAGCUACAAGAGUGCAGUUGCCGAGCAUUAACCACAGGGGUGGAAAAAUAGGCGAGCACGCGAGCACUGCUCGCAGAAAAUGUUAAACAGCUGCAGGAAAUUCGUUUGAAUGAAGAUUUGCUUUUGAAAAUUUGAUAGCCCGCGUGCAGGCCCAAGGGAGCAGGCUGAAGGGAACUUGAUAGUGGGCCUGCAAGCAAGGCCCGGUAUUUUGUACUUUCCGCGUUCGCCCACGAACGCGGCAUUCUGAUUGGCUGUUUGCUGUUGGAUUCUAUAAUUAGGUCAGUGAUUCAUCACAAAGGCAUAGACAAAGGCUCUCGAUAAGCUUAAAAUUCGAAAAUUGAUCACUUUUUUCGAUUACAAAUGGAACAAGAACAGACUGUUUAUUGUUUACUUGAAGGAAGAGAUGUUUUUGCCGUUAUGCCAAUGAGGAUUGCUUGUCGUGAGGUGUUGGAAUAGCAACUUUUAAUACGAAUGGGGUAUAAAACUAUAGUAACCUUUACUUGAGUUUCAUUAAUUUCAAACAGACUUGAUACGUUAUAUGUUCCUCAAGAAAAUUAUCUUUUGGUUGAUGUUGAGAUGCAGUUGCAUGUAAGCCUAUUCAAAAUACUUUGCGAUUUACAAGGCUUCGCUGAGAGAGCAAAAGAGAAGACGGUAUUAAAUUGCCGUUUGAAACGAAACGAUCUGGACUCUGAACGCUCUCUUCUUUUGUAGAGUUCUCACCAAAUGAAAUAACUGAAAUAAAUUUCGUACUUUCCGCCGCCAACAAGAAUUGCACACACGAUCUGAUAAGUGAGACAAUUUAUUUAUAACAAUGGCGACAGCGAAACAACAUUAUAAAUGCUGAUGUGGUCGCACGACUUCCCUCACGAUUUGAAGUUUGAGACUGGUUUUCUGUUGAAAUUCGUCUUAAUUUGCCUGUUCCGAUUUUAGUUGAAAAUGAGCACUUGUAAAUUUGGCAAUUACUGACUGCGUUGCUUGUUUUUUUGGAGUUUUAACACAGGCAUUUACACAUUGUUUCUAUUUUGAAUAUUAAAGCAGAGAAAACCCCGCAACAUUUUAAUGCGAGUUUGUUUGUUAAUAUUUGGGUUGCUGUCAUUGGUUCUUUUUUGACUAUUGACGCGCGAAUGGGUCGUGUUAUGAAAAGGGGCGUUUUACAAAAUACCGGGCCUUGCUUGCAGGCCCACUAUCAGUUCCCUUGGGCCUGCACGCGGGCUAAAAAUUUGAAGGAAACCUUAACACCCAUGUCCCACUAUGGGCGCAACAACAUACAGUAUGCUUGACAGACAUUAUUCCUUGAAUAUAAAACCCAGUAUUAUUAUUAUAAACCGUCCAUGGUCAGCUAGAACACUAUAUGUUUAUGCACAUGCAGAUUUAGCACAAAAAUGCUCCGUUGGUCUGCAGGAAAUUUUUGUCUGCCCUGAUUAACCACAAGUUAUUGCAGUAUAGCGAUAUAGUUCUGUAGAGUCAAAUUUUAAAGUUUUACAGAAUUUUUCCCACCGUGGCCAGGCAUAUUUUUCAAGCUUGCCCGGUGUGGAUAUACACUCAGAAUAACAUCACAAACAUCAUUGGUCAGAUAGUUUAUUGUACUACAAGAAAAUGUUUUCUCAAAUAACAAAUAGGGGUAACCAUGCAUGCGGUUUUUUAAGUAAAGUGCGUUAAAAGCCAAAAUAUCGGCCAUUUUGAAUCGUCAUUGUUGCCACGACGUCAAUUUUGUGACCAUUUUUAAUUCUUAGACUGUUGCUUUAUAAAAGUUGUACAAUUUUUUUAUUUCAGACAAGUAACAUUCCUUAAAAAAGUUUGAUCUAAUUUAGGGAGCCACCUUAAGCUACGUUUACACGCUGCGAUUUGUCGUGUACGAUUCGUAACGGUUGGCGUAUGAAAAUUACUGCUGACGCUGUAAUUCUGCUACAUUUACACGCGUAAAAAUUCAGAAAAUCAACAACUUGUUCCAGGUUGAUAUCAACAGGCGUGAACAAAGUUGUGCGGCCCACUAUGAACAGUAUUGUCAACAUGUUGUUACAGCAUUGUUCAACUGUAACAACUUGGAACAACAUGGUUGACAACUUGUUCAUAGUUGGCCGCACAACAUUGUUCACGCCUGUCGAUAUCAACUUGGAACAACCUGUGCGUUUUUAGCCGUGUAGUUUACGGUGAAAUUUGAAAUGCAACCACUUACGUGUACUUCUUCGAUUACACACGCCAGAAUACGAAUCGUAUACACGACAAGUCGCAGCGUGCAAACGUACCUUUAAUUGCAUGUGUAAAGUGCCAAAAUUCUGUUUUAAAAUUGAUCUGCAUGCAUGUACCAGAAAUAUGUUCAACAUACCAGUGGCGGACACUAGGGGGGGGCCAGGGGGGCGACAAAUCACACUCAAAUAACGUAAUUGUCACAUUAAAUAAUAACUAUUUGAUAAAACUUAAGCUAAAAAGUAAGCAAUAUACCAAACAAUAUAAUAAUAUAUGUUUCUGUACUGUACAUGUCACAACAUACGCAUUUUAUACAUUCUUUUUGACGAACACUACUUUCUGCAACAUGCACUUCUUUAAAUGACAUUGUCGAUUUUUAGUUGUUUUUGAAACUUAUACUAUUGUUUAGCGGCGAAAUUUCCUGCUGCACGAUAAUAUUUGAAUGCGUAUUAAACUAUUAAAAACAAUGGAUAAUUCAAUUAACAGUCCAAUUUGUGGUUUUUUAUGUUAACGAAACAAGCGUGCACAGCGAAUGAAUUUCACUCACUUAGCGAAUAAAUUUUUACAUUGUCAUUGGCGUGUUGAUUAAAUAAAACCUUGCAAUUCCAUUCACAAAUGUAAAUAAUCAUGUAAAUAUUUUCUCUGAAAUGUUGAUUUUCAGUAUGCUUAGCAUGUGAUUUAUAACAAAAUGCACCAUUAAAACAGUGUUUUGAUAACCUAGUUUUUUUACAAAAUGUGUUCUCAGAAUGCUGCAAAUGCCAUUUCCGGGAUCCAAAUUUUAUAAACAUUUUCCGGAGAGCAUGCCCCCGACCCCCAGUAUUUCAUAAAGUAUCCGCCACUGGAACAUACAUUGACUGAAACUCCCCUCCCCUGGAAUGUUAAGUUCGAAAAAUUCAUUAGUAAAAAUCUAACGUUUAAUAUUUGGUUAUGUGGCACUUUUCGGAAACUAUAGGAAACUUUGUUACUUGGUGUAUUUAUCAGUUAUUUUGUGUGCCUGCAUGUUAAACAGUACAUGUACGUAAUAUACAGUGCAUGACAUCUAUGUUUAGAUGCAAAACUAACAACACCUCUGAUCGAGUUCUUGAAAAUGAAAAGGUCAAGUGGAAAAUCUUCGAGGAUUUCUUCGCAUGUAAGUGUACAGGAUAUUCCGUACGCCCAAUGUAUUUCGUAGUUCAGUCCCCAAAGCCUUUGUUAAUAACACCUUCGCUUGUCUGUGACAAACAUUUAUCAGCGAAAACUUUGAAUUUCAGUUUAUGGUCUAACUCUUUGUUUUAAUUUAAUUUACAUAGCGUAAUUCAACAUCGUCGUCAAAUGAAAAGAAAAAGAAAGCAUCAAAAGAAGCUGCAAAGGUAUUUUUAGUGCAUGAGAGUAUCCUGGCCCAUGUCCAAGACAGGUUUGCACAGUCACAGUAUACUGAAAUGAUUUGGUUAUACAACCUACCAGCCGUACGCGACACGACUAGUCGAAUAUGUUUCUUAUCUUCAAGCAUGCAUCAUGUGAUCAAACAAGUACAUGUAUACAGUAUGACCAUUUGGUGUGCAUGUAAUUUUGGAAAUAGCGUAACGCCCCUUAGGGUGUGAUAAAUGAAGAUUUUAGUUGUACCUGUCUGGUUCUCCAAUGAAUUUCAGUUAAAAUAAAUAGACAGGUUUCUGAAAGUUAUCCAUUCAGUGACCUAAAACUACGAGUUAAAACGAGGAACACAACUGCAUACAGCCAUUUCAAUUAAGGUUGUCCCCGAGCAAAGCGGAAAAAGUCGAAUGCGAGCGCGAAAGGAUUGCUGGGAAUCGCUAAAAAAUCCGUCAAAUCCGCAAAAACCCGUCCAAUAGGGAUAGCUGAGAUGAAACGUGCAGCCACGAUAAAUAAUAUAUAUAUUUCAUGAAGUUGAGACAAAAGAUUUGUGCACGGUGAGGUAUAGUUCAACAUCAAACAAAUGUCUUCUAUUUUGUGGCUUUGAAGUUUGCCGGGAUUCCAGGCCAUCGUAUCUUAAUAGACUAUGCAGUCAGGUAUACGACUAAACAUCGUGAAUUUCGCACCCUGCUGCAAAAUCAAAAAAGGAUUUCACGUUGCACAAGCACUAUCUUUUAUACAUUUAAUAUAUUUAAUAUAUUUAAUAAUUAUAAGUGAAUGAAUUCAUGUUACUUUGUAGACUGGUUACAAGAACACGUUUCCUGAAAAGAGCACCGGAUCUAACGGCAGUUCAAGAAAGGGCAGGUAUGAGUCAUGAUCGAAGUUUUCGCUAUAUAUUUAUCGUUAUAUAUAAACGCUUGUCAUGCAGAUAUCGCUAUCACUUCAGAUAUCAGUUAUUCAGAUAAAUGAUCGAUUUAGGCAAAGGUGUUGUUUGAAAGAUAGUACCUAAAAAUGAAUCAUAAUACGAUCAAUUAAUUAAUGCUUAGAUAAAGAAAUAGUUUUGUUGCUCACGUGAUCAAUGUACUAGUAAGUUUUGUCACGCGUAACCCAGCAACUGAAACGGCAUAUUGUAAUUCUUUUCCGAUUGCAAAAACGUUCAAUUGAAAGGUUUUUCAACUAAAAAAUCAUCUAACGCGAAAUACAUGUCACAAACGUUGCAAUUUCGUGGAUAAUUUAGCUCGUUGAAUAGAGUAUAUGUAUACUGUAUAUUAAUAGUUUAAUACUCAAUGGUAUACUGUAGAAAAGUCACCAAGUCUACUGUCAGUGUGUGAGACAGAGCUGAUUUGAAGCUCCUGCGCUUCAUGAAGUUCAUUUAACCAGUCAAAAUGUAAUACUAACAUGCAAUAGAGCUAAGAAGGACCACCUCUUUAACUCCUUUUUAAUUCGAACGAUAUGGACAUUACUAGAUAUUUAACAGUCUAACGCCAUGUGAUUUUCUAACGCCAUGAAACAAUUUACAUGGCAGUGUUCAUACGCUUCAUUGCAAAACUAACUGUUUAAUUACAUUUAGUGAAAGAAAAACAGAUUCGAGAAAAUUUGCCAAAGAUGAUAGCGAGAAAAAACAAACAACUACCGCCCAUGGGAGUGAGAAGAAAAAUGGAAAAUCGCGCGAAUACAAGAUGAAAGGACAAAGCGACGAGAAGGGAAAAUCAAUGACAAAGGUAUUUAACGUUGAUCUCAAUAAUACUUGUAGGCCGUGGGCUGUUGGCCAAAAUUAUUUCGCUUCGUGGCACCCAUGUGGGAAAUACUUGGUUUGGGGUUUAUUUGAAAGGCAUAUAGGUACAUUACUACCAAAAAAAGUUCCCAAGCAAAAAGUUGCCCAAUACCGAGAAAAUGGGUUAUGGGUGAUUAAUGAUUAUCCUCUAUUAAAUUGUAUUACAGUAAAAAAUGGGAAAUUUUAUAAUUCAAGUACAAUAAAAAUGACUUGCAUCAUCGAAAAACGUACAUAAGACUUUUAAACAGUUUUUUGAUUUUUCAAAUAGUCUUUAAGUUAUUGCUCUUUUAAAUGUGAAAAUUGUACCAAAAUGUCGCAAUAAGGACUGGGUACUAGGUCAAAAACGCGUUUUUGAUAGCGUAUAACUCGAAAACAAUUUUAGAUAUAAAAAAACUGUUUAAAUGUCUUAUAUGUAGGUUUUUGUAAGCUUUCUGAUGAUGCAAGUCAUUUUUGUUGUAAUUGAAUACAAAAUUUCACAUUUUCUUGCUGUAAUACAAUUUAAUAGAGGAUAAUCACUGAUCACCCAUUUUCUCGGUGUUGGGCAAGAUUUUUGCUUGGGAACUUUUUGUGGUAAUUAAGCAUCUAUGGUUCUAUGAAUUGAACCACAGAAAAUCUAUUUCCCAGGGGGGUGCCACGAAAUUGCUUUUCUAGGCACUUUUUCGUACAACAGCCCACGGCCUAUUGGUAUUAUGCUUAGCCUUACCAAUAAAUACAUUCAAACUCUUAUUGAUAUGCCAAAAUUUAAUUGACAUUGUUGUAAAGUUAAUGCGUAAUGUGAAGCUAACUGAAUUAGCCUUUCUCACGCCACCAUUUUUUGGUGGCUUUUCAGCCGACGUCUGCGAGAUAAGUCCACAUAACAGCGACUUUUUAUAAUUUUUUGGACGAAUGAUGGUAAAUUUGCUUUGUAAAUGGUUAGUUUAUUUUGAAAAAUUGCUUUUCACAUUGUUUUAAUUGUCUGCAUUGGUUAACGAGAAUUAUAGAUGCCACACAAAAAUGGCGGAUAUUCGUCAUCGUGAGAAAUGCUAAUUAUACAUACAUAUAUUAUUUAGCUCACUCCCCAACCGCUUUUCAGUGACCGAAUACAUCGUAUUACGAUUACUUGUAUUACCUGCAUAGCCUGGACUAAUUAAGGUUGUCCUUUGAUGGUCAACACCACAAAACCUUAACCUCUGUGUGAAAUGCGUCUCUGAGUAGUGAGUAUUGUAUCAUCCUGGUAUUGCCACAUGUUCUCAUUUUUUCUUGGUUUUGUGGUAUUAGGCCUAUAUAUGAAUUUCAAACGACAAAUUAGUUUUAGUUGAAUAACCUGUAUUUGAUUGUUCCUCAAUUACCUGGCCUGAAUACAGCUGCUAUGGCGCUCACUUGGACUAACCAAUUUGUGUAGUGGAACCGCCGUGGGCCAAGCGACCGUGAUGGAAAACGGCCUUUAUCUUCUAUUUUUUGUUGUUGCAGGAUAAACCAUUAUCGGCGAAGACGUGGAAAGAAAACAAGUCACAGGACGAAAAUCACAGGUAUAUUGUUUGUUUUAUAUGCAGGAAGCGUAAUGCUAUGCGUGUUCUUUGCUUUCCUUUUCUCAAAGUGACCCCUACUGUACAUAGGCCGGCUUUCAUUUGCUACUUACUUUCAAGUACAUAUAUACUAGGAAGUGAACAAAUGAACUUGCGAGUUAGGGAGAUUGUUAACAUUAUAUCCAUCUCUCUUGAACUUUUUGUGAAUGUUUUCGACUUUUCGUUCUUGUUGUAGGUCAAGUUCCAAUGCAUCCCGGCCAUCUUCAUCUUAUCGUCAACCUAGGAGAGAUAAAGGUACAGUAGAUGCAGCUGUAUAGAAUAGGAGUGGGGUAGAAAUUAGAAGUGAACCAAAACACACGUCUAAUAUCGAUUAAAAAACAGUAGACCUUUCUGGAUCCCAGUGUGCAACUCGUUUCAUCUUUGUAAACGAUUAAUGAAUUAAAACAUCGUUAAUGACUAUCUGAAGUACUAGGCAAUCAUAGCUGUCCACGCAUGUCAACUCUCGUCAUGUGGUUCCAAACGUUUAUUAUACAAGCGCUAGAUCUGAGUAUAUUGAUUGCCUGGCAUAUGAAUCGCUGUUAUAUAUAGCUACAGUACCUCUUCUACUUCUGCUGUUAUAUGUACAACAUGCACUCUUCCUUGAAAAAUAUUGGAUUUGGUUACAGUAUACAGUUCUUUCGAAAGCAAUUAUUGUGAACUGCAUGCACAAGAACAAUGAGCGAAAUCUUAUUAUUGGUUGGCGAAACACUUUUUCAAGUUAGGAUGUAUUUUUCAUGAUCAGUAUAUAGUGUAACUGUGGCAUUAUGCUGCAGUAACCUAAUUUUUGUUUAGUUGUUGCUUUUUUCCUUUUCUUUUGUCGUUGCAUUGAAGACAAAUUAAUGACACUAAUUAGGAAAGAUAGGGCAUUAAAUAAUGGAGUUCGAGGUCGAGGAGAAGGUGUUGCAGUGUUUGUUGAUAAUAAUAUUCAUGUUAAACAUCGAAUGGACAUCUCAACAUCACCCUUUGAAUGUCUUUGGGUGAUACUUCGGCCCCAGUCUCGAGAAUUGCAGUAGCAGUCGUUUACUUACCACCUUCUAUGUCCUCCGAGAUCUUGAUCGUUUUUAUGACUACUUCUAUGACUGCUAUGAUAAAUUGAUAUCUGAAAGCUCUGACACGUCCUUUAUUAGUAGCCGGCGAUUUUAAUCCUACAAGUAAUGGUUUCCAGAUAAAAUCCAUCUCAAACAUGUGCCAUCUUAAGCAAGUUGUCAAAAACCCAACCAGAGGUACGAAUAUGUUAGACCUUAUUUUUACCAACCGUGGUGAUUUUUUUAAGCCGCCGGAAAUCCUCGCUCCAAUCGCCAGCUCGGAUCAUGCGACCAUUGUUUGGAACGAUGUUAAUGAUAAAGUUAACGCGUUUUUAGAAUUUACGCAAGUUUCAAUUGACUCCUUUUUUCCAAUUAAAACAUUUAAAUUACACGAAGAUGAUAAACCAUUUAUAACUGGAAGAUUAAAAAAGCUAAUGGCAAAGCGUAACAAAGCUCAUAAGUCGGGUAACUUUGAGCUCUUUAAACGUCUUAGAAAUCAAAUUGUUGCGGAGGUUCGAUCUACAAAACUUUUACCACAACCAUGUUCGUCCCACCUUUUGUAAAAAUCCUCAUUUUUGGUGGAAGAAUGUAAAUAAAAUUGUUGGGAAAAAGGAACAGUCUAUUACACUGUUUGAUUCGCAAACAGAACAUCCUAUGGACGAGAAACAAGCUGCGGAACAUAUAAAUGAAUUUUUCGCAAGCCUAACUGAGGAUUUUAUCGAAGUGCAGGAUAAGUGGUUAGACGGCGGUUCCUCCGAUCCUUUGCCAGUUUGUUAGUGAAGAAAGUGUAGAAAAGAAGUUAAAAGGACUUGGUGUUAGGAAGGCAAGCGGACCGUACGAUCCCAAUAUUAAAGUGCUGAAGAUGUUUGCCAAGAAUUUUGCUAUUCCGUUAACAAACAUUUUCAAUGAAUCGUUCAGGUCACGAAUAUUCCCAAAAAUAUGGAAACGUUAUAACGUUUGCGCAAUUCCAAAGGAUACACCAUGCUCCGCUGUAGAGGACUUGAGACCAAUUUCGCUUACCAGCGUCUUGUCUCAGGGUGCGAUAAUUCAAUACUUUUAGCUGUACCUGACUGGUACUCCGACAACUUUUGCCGCGUACCUGGUCUGGUACAAACUUAAGAGUCAAGACGUACCUAAGACUACUCCCGAGUCAUGCGUUUUUAUACCUACGUAUAGUUUACUGGUCCAAAAGCAAAAAAUGUAUGGGCAAUUUUGUACAAAUGAAUCUUUAAUUAUGGUAUUUGUACAACAUAAUAUAACAGUUUUCAAAACGUCGACGUUGUGACUCGACGUUGUGACUCAUUUACAGUGGAUUUACCGAGGGUGCUAACAGUCUGACCUCCGCUACAUACAGUGUAGUUUUCCUCAUUGGGCCUAAAAAAUACCUGUGGCUGUGGUUCCGGUUUCAUAUCGCGAAAAAAUGUACAGCUAAAGUUCUUCGCGGUUUUGAAUACUUUGGAAGGUCUGCUAGUUAUUGCUAGAAGGAAAAUGUAAGUACGCGAAUAGCAAAUUUCUGCGUACCUACGUGGUACUUGCCUAAAAACAAAGAAGUACCAGACCAUAAAUUUGGCGUACCUCCGGUACGUUGGUACGCGAAUUAUCGCACCCUGAACUUGUCUAAGAUACAGGAGUCAUACGCUAUAGAAUGGAUCAAUCAGGAUGUAGGUGCGAAUGUCAAUGAAUCCCAAUAUGGCGGGUUACCGGAUCAUCUACUGUGGUAUUUGGUAAUACGGAUUAUAUUUCUUGAUUUUAGAAAAGCUUAUGACUUGGUAGAUCACAAUAAGCUAUUGGAAAAUUGUGAGAAAAUUGGGAUCAGGCCAGCUCUUAUUUCUUGGCUAGGAUCACAAGUCACUAAAUUCCGCAAUGAAUUCUCGCAGGAGGCUCGAGUCAAAGGAAGUGAAAUUGGACCCAUUGCAUUUAUUAUCCACAUCAAUGAUCUUCCACUCAUAAUCUCCCCAGUUAACCCAGAGGAUGAAGAUAUUUCAUUGUUCAUGGACGAUACAACUCUGUCGGAAGUCAUUGACAUCACCCAACACGUGUCCAACUGCCCGAUCGGGAACUCUCAACGAAACGUGGAUAACAUAUUGCAAUUUACGAGAAAUCAAAAUAUGGAACUCAAUAGUAAAAAGUGUAAAGAGAGAUGCUGGUACAGACUUCAGGAAGGUUAAAACUAUAAUCCCGUCAUUUGCUAUUGGCGGGGAUAUCUUCACAAGAGUAAAAUCAUUUAAGUUGCUGGGUGUUUGGAUAGACGACGAUUUAAAAUGGAAUACUAAUACAGCCUAUAUUGUAAAGAAAGCAGUCAAACGAUUAUAUCUCUUAAAGGUGCUUAAAAGCUAUAAUGCUCCCAUGGAAGAUCUAAAAGCCUUCUAUACGGGUGUAAUAAGGUCGGUUCUAGAAUAUGGAGCUCAAAUCUGGAAUGGCAAUCUCACAGUUAAACAGAGUAAUGACAUUGAGAGAUUACAAAAGCGGGCGCUAAGAAUAAUCCUCCCUGGUAUGAGCUACGAUCAUGCAUUACGUCAGUCCAAUUUGAAAACCCCAAAAAGAACGUAGAGAUGUUAUGUGUGUGUUGACAUGAUUAAGAAAAUGUCAAACCCCGGUCAUAAACUUCACCAUCUUCUCCCAAUGAAGGUUUGUCAAUUAAGAGAGAGGGAAACGAGGACAAACGGCUUAGAAUAUAAUAAUUAUGCGUUCAGAACUAAACGAUUUAGUCAGAGUCAGUCCUAUCAUUUAUAUGUAAUAAAUAAGUACAAUUUAACUCUUCAUAACUCUUAGCUUAACUCUUAGUUUCGAAAAUCUUACCUAUGUUGCAUGGGUUUUUUUAUAGUAUAAGAUAAUAUAAUAAAUAGUUCUUAUUUCAUUCUCAUUAAAAACUCUAUUUGUAGCACAUUGUAAUUUAGCUUAGCUAUUUAAUGUGUAAAUUUCUAUUACAUUACAUUAUAUAUCUUUCAAAUUACAAAAGAUCACAUUUCAGUUUUGGCAGAACUCGCACAAUAAUAAAGAAAUGUUUACAAAUGAUGUGACGUCAUCUUAAUAUCUAUUCCAAACUUGGCUGUAGGCAUGAAAGAUGCUGACAGGACUAGAUCAGAAUCACGGCCAUCAACCGCUAGUGGAUCAUCCAGCGAGAAAAAUGAAGAACGAAAACCACAGAAACAACAACCAGAUAAUAAAGAGAGGGUUCGAAAUAAGGUUAAGUAAAAAGACACGACUAAAUUAUAAUAAAAUAAGCGCUGUGAUGGAUCAAUAUAAGCAUGAGUUAAAACUAUAGAUACAGCGGAGUAUAAUAUGCGUGAUUAAGAUGCGUAAUUACACACUGAUAACCUAGUUUGUCCAUUAUUAUAUCCAGGAAGAAGUCUUUCCAUGCUCCUGUCUCAAUUUUUUCAAGUAAAUUGUGAACAUAGGCUAUACAGUUAAGAAUGACCCAUUUCUGCAUUGCCUGCAGGUUUUAUAAGAAAAUUCGAGCUCUGUUAUUCUCAAGUUAUAUAACGUAUAUAAGGGUUUGCUCGCAUGGUAAAUUUUUUUUCCUUAAAAGUGUUUUUCUUUUUAGCUGACUUAGCUUGCCUGUUGGCUAAUACUGUUUCCUUUACAAACACGUAUAAAUGUUACUCGGCUGUGAUUGGUUGAUUUCAGUAGAGUGAGUUUAGUUUCUCAGAGACUUGAAAUAGCAAAUGUGAUUUUUCAAAAACCUAUAUUCAUGCAUAUUUUAUCCAAAUUGCACUCGAAAGUAUCAUAUAUUAUUAUACAAUAUAUACUAAUAAUAUCCAUAAAAAAAUUACUUGAUUCUGAUUGGCUAAGAAAAGUGCAAUUUUAUCGAAAUAGAGUGUCAAAACAGACUUACAUGAGUGCCAUUUUGCAUCUGUUUCAUGCAUGCAAGUGACUAUCAAUAGACCUUUCCCCUCAUGAGUGAAAUUUUUAUCUAGAUAUGCCUGGACAAAAAUCUCAUCACAGCUUGAAAGAGCAUCACAAAAUUAGUAAUAUUCCAAAGUUUCGUUGCGAAAUGUUGUAAAAUGCGGAUAAUAUAGCCUUGCGAAGUUUGCCGUUUUUCAGUCAUUUUGCAUUACAAACGGGAAAUUGAUAAUCAGUUUGAUCAUCUGAUUAUCAAUUUCCCGUUUGUAAUGCGAAAUGACUGAAAAACGGCAAACUUCGCAAGGCUAUAUUAUCCGCAUUUUACAACAUUUCGCAACGACACUUCAGAAUAUUACUAAUUUUUUGAUGCUCUUUCAAGCUGUGAUGAAAUUUUUGUCCAGACUUGUCUAGAUCAAAAUUUCACUCAAAAGGGAAAAGGUCUAUUGCUUCAUCUAUAUUAUAUAUAUUAAGUAAUGGUAUGGUUUUUUGUCCAAUUUGGAAAAACAAAUACUCGUGAGUUUUCAGAGACAUCAAAUUCCACUCGUCCUUUGGUCUCGUGCAAUUUUGAUCGUCAUGCACUCGUGCAUAUUUUUUUCGAAAUUGCACUCGAAACCAUACUAUUACCUACAUAAACAAUGCAUUGGUGUUUUCGAAAGUAAAACAACCAGAACAUGUAAUCGAAUGAGCACAAAAUGAGUAUUUUGUGUGUUCAUCUCUCUACAGGAUCGACCAGCUCAAGCCAUCUAUCAACCUCGUUCACGACCGCGUGCCAAUGCUGAGGAAACCACAGGAAGAAAUUCAGGUACAGUAUGUUUAAAAUUAAAGCUGUUCUGAGUGGUUAUAUUACUACCUUAAAAAACAAGCAGAAACUCGACGUUUCGAGCGAAGGCCCUUCGUCAAGAGUUCAUAGAUUGUAUCGAGGCGCCAAGAUGGCUGCCAUGUUUUUAAGUCUCUUAGUUUUAAUGUCUUAUGGUAGCAAUUAUACGAUAGUUUUAAACACAAAGUAUAAUGAUGAAUCUGUCUUUAGUGAUGUUAUUCAAAGUGACUACAAAGAGAUCUACUUUCGUAGUCAGAAUAUUCGAUUAGCUCGAACUUCACUUCAAAAUGCUCGAGUCCGUUCGGCAAUUGUGAAAUGGAAUAAGCGUGGUUUGACGAUGCUGGCAGCACCAGAAAGCAAGAUACUGCUGCAUAUUACCAUACAAAUUACUAUACAUGGCGAUAUAGAGUUGAAUCCCGGUCCUGGAUUAAUACCAGAUAAUCAAAUUGUACAACAAUCUCGUAGAAAUUCUCGCUCUGGUGGAAUCACCGCAUUGAGUCGUGAUAUUUUGUUAUCGUAUCGAAAGUUCGGAAGUAAACCUACACCAAAAGUAAUGGCUAUGUGUAAAGCUUUAAACAUUUUUAAAUACAGAAGCAAGCGAGGAGGUCGAAGGUGUAUAAAGUUAACGGAAACGUACCAUAACGAACGCAAUACAAUUAAAGUUGUUGUGGGUAAUCGACCAUGCGGCACUUGGUCGCGGAUACAAAAACAACGAAGUGUAAAUCUCGUACAAAUACCUCGUGAGCCAUUGUUAAGGCAAGUCAGAAAUACAGCAUUUGCUGUUCCUAAGGUAAUGCUUAUUAAUAUUUGCUCCUUAAACAAAACCAAGAACAGGGUCAGAGCGGUCUCAGCCUUGGAGGCAGACAUGAAAACUCUAGAUAUUGAUAUUUGUGUAGUGUCUGAAACACAUCUAAAACCAAAUAUUCCUGAUACAAUUGUGAAUAUUCACGACUACUCAAUUUAUAGGAGGGAUAGAAACUGGGCUAAUAACGAUUCGAGAUGUAAGGGAGGAGUGGCUGUUUACAUAAGAAAUAAUAUUACUGUGACCGAUGUUUACAGGUCGAAUUUAUAUGAGCUAAUUUGCAUAACCUUGACACUUCCCUCUGGACAUCAUAUGUUAGUUUGUGGUCUAUAUCACCCACCAAAGUUUAGUUAUAAGGAGCAAGAACUGAGAGAUUACCUAAUCCAUUUUGUUGACGAAAGGUUGGACAGGUAUCCAGAUACUGUGUUUCUAUUCGGUGGUGAUUUAAAUCAUUUGGACUUAGAGCAGCUACAGAUAGAAGUAGGCUGGGAUAUUUUAGUAAACUUUCCAACUAGAGGUGAUGCGACCUUGGACAAUUGUCUAACAAAUCGUCCUGAUUUAUUUGGUGAGAGUUUCCCUUUCCAAACUUCUAUUAAGACUGAUCAUAUUGCUGUUGUCCUCCCUGCUGGAACAAAGUUAAAACCAAUUCGAAGGAAAGUUCAAAUACGUGAUUGCAGAAAACACCGUAAAGCUGCUCUCUACAACUCAAUGGCAACUGAAACAUGGGAUAAUGUUAUAGACUCCAGUGAUGUUCAGCAGGCGGUACUUUUCUUAGAAUGUAAGAUCCUUAGUCAUAUGGAUAACUGUAUGCCGAUUAGGACAAUAUCAAUGUCGUCACGUGACCCCGUGUGGAUGACCCCGCUAUUAAAGUCGAUGAUUAGAGCAAAGUCAAGGAUAUCCGAGCUGAACAAGGACAGGUUAAAGGAAAUUAACAAACGAAUAUCAGAAGUCAUAUCGGAGAAUAGGAGGAAAUGCAAGACCACCCCAUUAGGAAGUAAGGCAUGGUGGAAAAUGACUGAUGCCCUGAGUCAACGUAAAAAACAAGAUAGAGCGAUUCUAGAUAACACUAGAUUGUCAGAUCUAAAUGAUUACUUUGCUAAGUUAUGCUCUGAUGACACAUAUGUUGAACCAACACCAUUGCGAAUUGAAAGUGAAGUCGAAACACCAAGAGUUAGUGAAUUGCAAGUAUGGAAUAUCCUUAAAGCUCUUACGAAAACUGCAACAGGACCAGAUCAAAUUCCAUACUGGAUCUGGAAAGAACACAAAGAGAUAUUAACCCCAGUAAUCACAAGAGUGUGGAAUCUAUCAUUAUCUACCCAAAGCUGGCCUUCGGCAUGGAAGCGAUCAAAUGUAAAUCCCCUUGCAAAAGUAGAAAUGCCGAAUGAAAAUCAGGAUUAUCGGGGCAUUAGUAUAACGCCGGUGAUAGCUAGGGCAUUCGAGAGAAUUGUAUAUGACACCCAUGUUCGUGAUGUUGUGGAGAAUAAUCUAAGCCGCACGCAGUUUGCAUAUAGGGCCGGUGGAAACUGUACUUGCGCCCUUUUAGCCAUGCAACAUAGGAUAAACAGUUAUAUGGACGAUCCAGACUGUAGAGCAGUCCGACUGUUCACCAUGGACUUUAGUAAGGCCUUCGAUUCAGUUAAGCACGAUCUACUUGCAAGUAAAUUAAAAGCUUUCCCACUUAACCCGUAUAUUAUUAACUGGUACCUCAGUUUCUUGAAGGACAGAAAACAAAGAAUAUGCUACAAUGGAUAUGAGGGUGAAUGGAAAUGUGUCAAUAGAGGCACCACUCAAGGGAGUGUCAGUGGGCCACAUCUUUUUAACAUUUUCCUGAAUGAUUUAAACUUAGAAUUGGACGGUCUUGAUAUAUUGUUCAAGUAUGCGGAUGACUCCAAUAUUGUGGCUCCAGUUUGGAAAGAGCGAGAUUGUGCUGAUUUGUUGGUGUCACAGUUUUUGGAUUGGACAUCUAGAAAUAAGAUGAUAUGUAAUCCAGGAAAGUGUAAAGAGAUGACCAUCUACAAGCAAGGUAACCAAGAAUAUUUCUCACCAAUAGCAAUGAUUCCAAUGUGUAAAGCAGUGAAAGUGAUGGGAGUUACAUUCCAGUGUGAUGGCAAAUUUGGCGAACAUGUUAAAAACAAAUUAAUCAAGGCAAAUAAGUGUCUUUAUAUCUUACGAUCAUUGCGAAAGGAAGGUUAUUCACAACAAGAGAUAGAUCUAUUGUUUGAUACUCUGGUAUUACCAAACAUAACAUACGCAUUAUCUGUUUAUGCCGCUUCCAAAUCCGAUUUAACUCCUAUUGAAGUCUUUCUUAAACGUUGCUAUAAAAGGAAAUAUACGUCAAAGCCAGUUAGUGUGUAUAAGCUAUUAGAAAAACAAGAUCGAACCAUAUUUAAUAGAGUAUCUAAACUCUGGCAGCAUCCAUUAUUGUCACUAAUGCCACACGCUAAAGAAACAGGCUACAACUUAAGAAAAAGAAGAAGUCAUAGGCCGAAAGUUAGAACGGAACGUUUUAAAAACGUGUUUGUAAACCGUUUGGUAUACAAUUAUGACUUAGUUAUUGAUUAA